AAUGUUAACUUAAUUUUCAAUACAUUUAUUGUGUAUUUUUUGAGCCGACUUUCAAUUGAUUGAAUUCAUUGAUUUGAUUAUCAAUUCAAUUGGUAUCGACUUUACAACAAUUUAAACACAUUUCACACAUAAUUGACAACAAAAUACAUGAAUAGAUUUGAUGGAAAAAAAUCAUUGAAUUGAUUAUUAUUUUUGCAAAACAUAUCACAAGUCAUACAUUUGUCAUAGUUUUUGGUCAGAAAGUGAAUGUCAACGAUAUGUCCAUUUGAUAUGAUUGUCGCAGAUCUCCAACUAAUUAUAAAACAUCUACUUUUGAAUACAAUUUGUUGUUUUAUUAGUGGAUCAGUUAAAACCAAUUAGUUAAUAGCAAUCAUGACAUCUAUAAUCCGUUUUGAGGCCAUUAGUGGUGUCCUCGAUGACAGUCCGCCGUCAUAUUUAUUACAAGUGGAUGAGUUUCGGUUUCUUCUUGACUGUGGUAUCGAUGAGAUGUUUAGUGAGUCUUAUUUGACAGAACUGGCGAAACACGUGAAACAAAUAGAUGCCGUCCUUAUAUCACAUCCCGACGCCCAACACUUAGGAUGUUUACCAUAUUUGGUGGGAAAGUGUGGUCUUAACUGUGAGGUAUACGCCACGACUCCCGUCUAUCUGAUGGGACAGAUGUUUAUGUAUGACUUGUAUCAGUCGCGACAUAAUUACGAAAACUUUGAUUUGUUUACUUUGGAUGACGUGGACAUGGCUUUCGACAAAGUAAUUCAAGUGAAGUAUAACCAAACAAUUGCACUUAAAGGUAAAGGUCAGGGAAUAGCGAUCACACCGUUAGCCGCCGGACAUAUGAUUGGCGGAACCAUUUGGCGUAUUGUUAAAGACGGCGAGGAAGACAUUGUCUAUGCAGUUGACUUCAAUCAUAAGAAGGAACGGCAUCUCAACGGAUGUGUUUUAGAAACUAUUAGUAGACCUUCACUAUUGAUUACCGACGCCUAUAACGCCAACUAUUUUCAAGAGCGUCGCCAAAAACGGGACGAACAGCUUAUGACUAAUAUAUUGGGAACACUUAGAAACAGAGGCAAUGUUUUGAUUGCUGUGGAUACUGCUGGCCGUGUGCUUGAGUUGGCCCAUAUGUUGGACCAGUUAUGGCGCAACCAAGAGUCGGGAUUAAUGACCUAUUCGUUAGCACUUUUGAAUAAUUUUAGUUAUAAUGUGAUUGAAUUUGCAAAAUCAUUAGUCGAGUGGAUGAGUGAUAAAUUAAUGCGAUCUUUUGAAGGCCAACGUAAUAAUCCUUUUCAAUUCAAAUAUCUUCAAUUGUGUCACAAAUUUUCAGAUUUAGAACGAAUUCCUGAACCACGAGUUGUUCUCGCGUCGCAACCAGACUUAGAGUGUGGUUUCUCUCGCGACUUAUUCUACAAUUUGGCCACAAAUCCAAAGAACUGUAUUAUUCUCACUCAACGAUGUUCUUCAUAUACAUUAGCUCAUCAAUUGAUGAACAAUCUAAAGGAUGAACGACUUAUCACUUUAGAGAUUAAACAAAGAAUACCUCUAAAAGGGUCGGAAUUAGAAGAAUAUCGACGUCAAGAGAGUCUUAAGAAAAGUAAAUUGAUUGAUACGAUUGAUGCUUCAGUCGAAGGAGAAUCAGAUUCUGAUUCAGACGAUAACAUUGAAAGUGAAGAAGACGAUGAUGUCAUGGAAGUGGACGGAAUGGUUAGUAAAAGUCCAAUUACUGGCGGUUAUUCUGCUGGUGUUGGAUCAGCUCAGAGUCAUUCAAGUGCUGUAAAACACGACCUAAUGAUGCCUAAAAAUGAGGGUAAAGUUAAAGGAGGCGGGUUCUUUAAACAAGCUAAAAAAUCAUACCCCAUGUAUCCAUCUCAUGAACGUAAGAUUAAAUGGGAUGAAUAUGGAGAGAUCAUUAGACCUGAAGAUUAUAUGAUCUUUGAUAUGGUCGGCACUAACACAAAUCAAAUGGGCGAAGAAGAAAAUAAAGAAAACGUCAAGAAAGACGGAACCGAUGAAAGUGUGGUCGAAACACAAGAAAUACCUACAAAAUGUGUUGUUAAUGUCCAGUCGUUCAAUGUUCACGCAAGCGUUCAAUACAUUGACUUUGAAGGUCGAUCUGAUGGUGGAUCCAUUCAGAAGAUUAUUUCGAUGAUAAAACCACGUCGUCUUAUAAUCGUUCGCGGAUCUGCUGAUGCAACAGAAUCUUUGGCUAAGUAUUGCGAAGAAUCGGGUUGUGUUUCCGAUAAAAUAUUUGUACCCAAACUCUUUGAAACUGUUGACGCAACCACUGAAAGUCACAUCUAUCAGGUGAAGUUAAAGGACGCAUUGGUCAGCUCUCUUUCCUUUGCUCAGGCAAAAGAAGGGGCUCAGUUGGCUUGGGUUGAGGCUGAGAUUGAGAUGACUCAAGUAGAGUCACUUUUGCCACAAAAAGAAUCAGACAAUUCAGACGAAUUGACAAAAGGUGGUCAUCUAUUAGAUGAUUCAGAUGAAGGAAUGGGUGGUCGCGAAUUACUUCCAACAUUAAGGCAAUUACCAACUAAUCAAAUACCAUCUCAUCCGACCAUUUUUGUCAAUGAAUUGAGAUUAUCGGACUUCAAGCAAGUAUUGAUGAAGAACGGCAUUCAGGCCGAGUUCUCAGGAGGUGUUCUCUAUUGUAACAAUCAGGUCGAAGUCAGGCGCAGUGAGUUCGGGCGCAUACACCUCGAGGGCACCCUUUCCGAUGAUUACUAUAAAGUUAGAAAAUUACUAUAUCAACAAUAUGCUGUUAUCUAA